AUAUAUGUACAUACAUAUGUGAAUAAUACAUGGUAAUAAGGGGAAUAUUCCUUUUUGGAAAUGGACAAUCCAUGUAAAGAUGAAGGUUUUAACAUGGGAAUUUGAGUGGGAGGCCGAGUCCUUAACCUAACCUAUUCGGCUAUUCCUUCCUCUGGAAAGCACAUUCCCAUUGUAAAGGGAUAGCCUCUCUCGUCCACCUCCACCCCUCCCGUAUUUUUCUUUUUUUUUUUUUAAAAUAAUCUCUUUUGGCUCUCGAUUCUUCUUCCCCAAGCUUGGAAAUGUCAGCCGAUGGAUCUCUGGAUCACUUGCUGGCCGUCGCCAUUGAUGCCGCCAAAGUUGCUGGAGAGAUUAUCCGCAAGGGGUUUUACCAAAGCAAGCACGUCGAACACAAAGGGCAGGUGGAUUUGGUUACAGAGACCGACAAGACCUGCGAAGAAGUCGUGUUUAAUCAUCUCAAGCAGCAGUUCCCUGAUCACAAGUUCAUAGGGGAAGAAACUGCUGCUGCAUAUGGCGUGACAGAACUGACGGAUGAACCUACAUGGAUUGUUGAUCCUCUCGAUGGAACUACCAACUUCGUUCACGGAUUCCCGUUCCUUUGUGUAUCCAUUGGCCUUACCAUCAGGAAAGUUCCUACCGUUGGUGUCGUUUACAAUCCUAUAAUGGAUGAGCUUUUCACUGGUGUCCAAGGAAAAGGAGCCUUUCUGAAUGGCAAACCGAUAAAAGUGGCAUCUCAGAGUGAACUUGUGAAGUCUCUCCUGGCAGCGGAGGUGGGUUAUGAACGAGAUAAGGCCACAGUAGACGCGUCUACGAACAGUAUCAACAGCUUGCUUACUAAGGUGAGGUCGAUAAGGAUGAGCGGGUCAUGUGCGCUGAACCUUUGCGGAAUUGCGUGUGGGAGGCUUGAUGUCUUUUACCAAGUUGGGUUCGGGGGUCCAUGGGAUAUUGCAGCAGGAAUUGUGAUAGUCAGAGAAGCUGGUGGAGUCGUUUAUGAUCCGUCGGGGAAAGAAGUGGACAUCACGGCGCAGAGAAUAGCUGCUUCGAACGCUUCUCUCAAGGAUUUGUUCGCGGAGGCGUUGCAGAUGGCCCAAUGAGAAGGAUUCUGCAGAGUGCUACUCAAUGGGAAUCCGGUUACCUAUCGUGUUCUCUUUUUACAUUCAGAAAAGGUAUGAUUUGUUGUCUUUUUUUUUUUUACCGUGGCUUCAUGCGAGUAGAAUUUGGCAUCUAAUGUAGUGGUAAAAGUAAAAGCACAAGAUGGAAGAGUGUGGAUGUUUUUUCUUGUAUGCAAAGAGGAAGAGCCGAGCGAUCAGGAUGAUCAAUACGACAUCAUUACUCAUCAUGUAUGAUUCGGCUUCUUCCCGCAUGCCAUAGAUAAUAAAAGCUGGAAAAAAAAAAGUGCACACCGCAAAAUAGUUAUGCUUGUUUUUGGUCUA